AUGGCCCGCUCCUGUGACGCCGCCGCGUCCGAGCACGGGGAGGGGGCCUUCGUGGGACAAAGGGGCAGCAGACGAUGGGGCGGCCAGCGACCAGGCAUCCCCGGGCCGGCCCGGGCCGGCGGCCGCGGGUUUUCCGCGGGGGCGGGCACGGCGGGGGCGGGGUCGGUUCGCGACUAUUUGUGGCGGCGCGGGCGGCGGCGGGGACACGGCGGCGGCGACAAGCUCGGGAUGCUGAAGAUGACCACCUACUUCCAAGGCCUCCCGGGCGCCCUCGACCUCCCCGAGCGGGCCCCCGAGGUGCGGGCGGAGGCCUUCCCGGCUGAGGCCGCCUCCGAGGACCUGGGCGCGGCCCCAGAGGCUGAGGGGGACCUCGCGCAGGACAAGGAUGAAGCCUCGCGGAAGGAGAAGAAGGCCAAGGGCCUGUCCACCCUCUUCAACGUGUUCGGCAAGGGGCGGAAGAAGAAGGGGCAGCCCCGCGCGGCGGAGGCGCCCCCGGGCCGGACGCCCGCAGUGGAGGAGCUGAAGGCCGCGCUGGAGCAGGGCCGGCUGGAGGCGGCGGGGCCGCUGCUGGCGCUGGAGCGGGAGCUGCGGGCCGCGGCGGCGGCGGGCGGCGCGAGCGCCGAGGAGCUGGUGCGGCGCCAGAGCAAGGUGGAGGCGCUGUACGUGCUGCUGCGGGACCAGGUGCUGGCCGUGCUGCGGCGGCCCCUGGACGUGGCGCCCGCGCGGCUGCGCCAGGCCCUGGCCGUGCUGGCCGAGCAGGAGCGCGAGGACCGGCGCGCGGAGGCGGAGCCCGGGCCCCCCGCGCUCGAGGCCACGCGGCCGCGGGGCUGGCUGCGCCUGUGGCGGCGCGACGUGGCGCGGGAGGCCGAGGAGCGGCUGGGCCGGGAGCCGGCGGCCGACGCGCAGGCGGCCAGCGCGGGCGGCUCGGAGGCCGAGCGCGUCUUCCUGCACAUGGGCCGCGCCACCAAGGACGCCCUGGAGGCCGCGGUGGCGCGGCUCAAGCCGCUCUUCCCCGCCGAGUUCCAGGUGGUGGCGGUCUACGCCGAGAGCUACCACCAGCACUUCGCGGCGCACGUGGCCGCCAUGGCCCAGUUCGAGCUGUGCGAGCGGGACACCUACACGCUGCUGCUCUGGGUGCGGAACCUCUACCCCAAUGACAUCCUCAACAGCCCCAUGCUGGCAAGUGAACUGCAGGGAGUGAAGCUGGGGAGCCUUCUGCCCCCCAGGCAGGUCCAGAUACUGGAAGCCACAUUCCUGGCCAACGAGGUGGCCAAUGUGAGGGUGCUGAUGGCCCGAGCCCUGGAGGUGGAGUCCCCUCGCUGGGCCAAGGAUAUAGCCCCCCCGUGCCUGGACGGCCACUGCCACAGCGAGCUGGCCAUUGACAUCAUGCAGAUCCUCUCCCAGGGCCAGGCCAAAGCUAAGAGCAUCACCCCGGACCUGAGCUCGCAGAUCAAGCCCUUGCUGCUGUCGGAGCUGACUAUGUUCCUGCGGAGCUACCAGCGCACUUUUGAUGAGUUUCUGGAGAGUUGCAAACAGCUGAGGAAUUACAGGGCCAACGUCAUGGCUAACAUCAACAACUGCCAGCUGUUCCGCACAACCUUGGAGCAGAAGUGGCAGACCCAGCAGAACCUCCAGAAACUCCACCUGGGCCCCCUGUCUGAACUCAAGAGCCACGGCUUUGACGUGCUGCUCCAGGACCUGUUUGGGGACCUGCAGCCGCGAUUCAAGAGGCUCUUGCCGAGCCGCCAGCGCGUGUCCAUGGAGACCCUGGAGGAAAUCAUUUCCAGGGUGGGCGCGGCGCUGCCCGAGUUCUCUGGGCUGCACGCCAGUCUCCGGGAGGAGCUGCUGGAGGAGGUGCACCUGCACCUGGUGAAGGAGUUCAUCCUCGGCCUCACCCGGCGGCGCCUGGUGCUCAAGACGGCGGAGCAGCAGCUGGACCUGGCCGCGCAGAUCCAGGCCAGCGCCAGCCUCAUCCAGGCCUUCUGCACCCAGCACGGGUCGCCCGCCACGUGGCUGCAGCAGGCCCUCCUCACGCUGGCCGAGAUCCUCCGCUUGCAGGACCCUAACGCCAUCAAAAUCGCAGUGGCCACUUACGCCACCUGGUACCCCGACUUCAGCAAAGCCCACCUGAGCGCCAUCUUGGCCAUCAAGGGGAACCUGUCAAGCAGCGACGCCAAGAGCAUCCGCAGCAUCCUGGACGUGAGCGUGGGCGUGCAGGAGCCCUCGAAGCCCCUGUUCUCGCUUAUAAAGGUCGGCUAGUCCCUGGCUGCCGCCUGCUGUCGGCUCCUACCUCCAACCCUCCGGCCUCGCCUCCGCCUGGCCGGCCCCGGGUGCGGGCCCCCGAGAAGCUCCUUGGAGAAUACUGUGCUGAGGUGCGGGCCGGGCAGGGGGUCUGGCCGUGCUCCCCCACUCCGGGCCUGUCUCCCCCUGGGGCCGAGUGGUCUGGCCAGAGCUGAAGAGAAGGAAGGGGCGUGGGGUCACCGCCAACCCGAGGGAGCCCCGCUUGCCUCGUGGCCCCAGCUCAGAUCCUGUCUGCAUCCCCCAGGCUGCCCCUCCCGCUGGGCAUGGGCUUGGGGGCAAGGGGUGAAGCUUGACCGCUGAGCCCAGCCUGGGUUGCCUCUGCAGGACCGGUCACUGCUGUCAGGGUUUCGCACAGGGCCAGUGCUUGGGGCAGUGCAGACAGCCCAGCGCAGACCCGUGCCUCGCCAGCCGGGUCCCUCCAGAGAGUCCCAGGGGCCACUCCUCUCCGUCAGAGCAGGUGGUGGCAGGGACCCACACCCAGCCGUGCCUGCCUCCCUGGACAGAGCACCGAGACCUGG